AUAGGAAACGCGGCCGAGCUUCACCUGCGGCAAUAUUCACCACCUGUCAGUAGGCAACUGUCGGCAAUCGCAAUCGCAUGCAGGAAAAGGAAUUACCAGAACCGUUUCUAGUUUCGCGAGAGAUUAUUGUAGAGAAAUAAUCUGUCGCACGAAGAAGUUCACUGAAUACUUUACGAAAUCCUUUCACGGAGGAGGAAAUGCUUCGAGUGCGCUCCCAGAAUAGCGUGUAUGAGCAGGAGGCGAAAUUUGUACAGGAUCGUAUAACAGGCGUGGAGAAGCACUUCGCUGAACUAUGCACGAUAUUUGGAGCGUUUACCAGGAAAGCGGCCAGACUGCGCGAUAAAAGUGACGAGCUUGCAAAAGUAAUACAGGUUUAUGGUGAUUCGGAAACUAUAAAUCGAUCCAUGAGUACUGGAUUGGCGAACUUUUCCGCAACGUUAUCAGUCGUUGGUGAUUAUAGAGAUGCAGAAGUACAAAGAUUGGACGCCAAAGUAAUUGCGCCUCUUUCACAGUACGCAAUCAUUUGCAAGCAUGCGCGCGAUGAUGUAAAAAAUACCUUCGCAGCACGCGACAGAGAAUUCACAAGACGAAGGCAAUUGGACAAAGUUCGAGAAAGAAACCCUAGGAAUCGUCAAAUGAUAUCACAAGCCGAGUCUGAACUGAUGAAAGCAUCCGUUGAGGUGUCCCGAGUGGUGAAGGGAUUGGAGGAGCAGAUCAACUCGUUCGAGCGACGAAAGCUGCACGAUUUGAAAUCUGUACUAUUGGAUUUCGUCACCAUCGAACUGAGCUUUCACACAAAGGCUCUUGAACUUAUGACUAAAGCGUACCAAGAUAUCGUAUCUAUCGACGAGAUUAAAGAUCUUGAGGACUUUCAAAUUGCUAGAGGAGAAAUGAAUGCGGAAUUUAGAGAAACAAUGCGCGCCCCUGACUCCGUCACAAGGCUGGACACAGUAAACAGAACGUCGUUUCGACACGCUUAUUCCUUAACGAACUUAGCUAACCGAUUUACAUCCUCUCCUGCAACACUGCAGAAAUUGGCUAAUCGAGAAGCCGAGUCUGCUGAUUCCGUACAAACCGGAUUCACCAAUUCAUCCGAGUCGGUCCAAGUCGAGGAAUACGCUGACAGCACGGAGGAAACGGAAUCAGAAUCCAUUCGAGAGAAGCCUGUGAGAACUAGGCAUAAGUCUAUGUAACUUCGAUCAGGUCUUUUAAUCGUGCCCCCCUAUUUUUCCAGAAAAAAGAAUACUCUGGACAUAAAGUAAAGAAACGCUUCGUCCUCAGGCCUAUCCCACCAAUCCCUACGUGUCAGAAGUCCUUAAUAUCGUCCAUAAUAUAUCGCAUACCUUCGAAAAUGAAUCGAACGAAGUAAAUUUUAUUACACGCGUUUAUUUACUUUUUGAAAAAUACUUGAUUUGUACUUUAGAUAUAAAUGUCUGUGAAUAGUUGUUUAAGAUGGAACAAAAAUUCAAUAUAACAAUUUUAAUAAAAGAAGAGGAUCAUCUUUAUACCAAGAA